AUGGGUUGUGAUGGUGGCACUAUUCCACGACGAGAUGAACUUGUUAGAUUGAAGAAGAAACCUGAACAAAAAGAUAAAGAUGCUGAACGUUCUUUUAAAUGGCGCAAUUGCGCUUUAUCACAACAACCUUUACAAGAACCAGUAGUGGCAUGCGGUUUAGGACGUCUUUAUAGUAAGAGCUCUGUGCUCGAGGCCUUACUGGAUAAAGAAAGGAAACCAGAAUCUAUCAACCACAUCAAAAACAUGAAGGACAUUAAAGAUCUCAAACUUACAAAAAAUCCAGCCUACACUAAAACGGAACACAUAGAUGGUGCUGUAGGAGAUGGAAGUGCACCAUACAUUUGCCCCAUCAGUGGGUUGGAAAUGACUGGAAAGUUUCGCUUUAUUUUCUUAUGGAGCUGUGGAUGCGUCCUGGCUGAAAGAGCUCUCAAAGAAGUAAAGCAAAAUCUUUGCCAUAUGUGCCAACAACCAUUUACUGACAAUGAUGUAAUUGUACUCAAUGGAACUGAUGAAGAUAUAGAGAUACUCAAAGAAAAAAUGGCAGUUCGAGUUGCAAAUAGAAAGUCAAAAAAACCAAAAGCCGAUAAAACAGAGAAAGAAAUUAAAAGUGAGCCACCAACAUCUACAGAAGUCCCAUCUACAUCUACUGAAGUUAAAGCUGAGGUCGACCCAGGGGAAGGGAGUAGUAGUAGUGGUGUAAAAAAGGAGAUGGACACAAUUCCUCUAUCGUUGCCUAAAUUUAAUCCUAAUAAACAAACUAGGGGUCAUUUUGGAUCGAGCAAAAGGGCAUACCCCACAAAGUUAGAACAGGACCCUUCAUAUAAAAAGACCAAAAAAGACUACAGUGUAGCCAAAGACCCGCAAACAAGUGAAGUAUUUAAAUCACUAUUUACAUCACAUAAGAACGAUAAAGAACAGAAGAGAGCACAUUGGGUUACAUACAACCCCUUCUAUAAC